AUGGAUGGACCACCUGAGUUGAUGAAAGGAACGAGAGAACGCUUACGAUACAGGGUUGUAAAAGUUUACUCUAGGGUAGGUCUUGCCCAGGUUAUGGGAGACAUGAGAGAGAGAAUAAAACGGCGUGAGUAUGACAGAGAACGAAGACCUCGUCCUUCGACAGCAAAUUCCGUCACAAGCUCGAGAUCGUCUCAGCACUCUAGAUCUGAUCCAUCUCUGCAAGAACAGCUCCAGCCAGUUGGUGGUCAAGACGUAGAUUUGGAACACCUGCAGCUGUCGCCAACUGCAACCUGUGAAACUAUUUAUACAGGUGAAAUAGAUUAUGCAGAGCUGGCGACAGCUGCAGGGACUGUAGCAACUUCAAGACAACAGGUGCUGCUGUUGCACCAUGAGACGCGCUGUCCGGUGGCUCUGGGGUUUCCAGCUGACAACUUCCAAAUGAUAGAUUCUUUUUUAAUUGAAAUCAUUCAAAUUAUUGAUGGGGAAAUGAUUAUACCGGGAAGCAGAGGAAGAAAACUGGCAUCAAUGGAAUUAAAUGAGAAAAUUAUAUGGAAGAAACAAGAUUGUCAAAUAAUUUAAUUAAUUAACUUGUGAUUUGUAAUUUGUGUUGUAUGAAUUUACAAUA